CUAUUGCACGAGAAGUGCUGCUCAGAGCCGCACCACUGAAUAUCUCAUAGCCAGGACUGUGGCUAGUGCAAAGAAGAGAGAGAGGGAGGUGGAGGGAAUACAGUUGGAUUUGGAUACAACUGGAAAACUACCAAGCGCGCACAGCACGCACCGAACGGAAGGCACAUCGACGGCGCGUAGCCAACAUUUCACCUAUACUCGCCGUCCUCCUGCGAUCGGACUCAGCCGAGAAUGGAGCUCCCUGCCGCCGGAGAGCACGUCUUUGCGGUGGAGGGCAUCGAAAAGAAGCGCAUUCGGAAGGGCAAGACAGAAUACCUGGUCAAGUGGCGAGGCUGGUCCCCCAAAUACAAUACAUGGGAGCCAGAGGAAAACAUCCUUGACCCGCGCCUCCUCGUCGCGUUUCAACACAGGGAGAGGCAGGAGCAGCUGAUGGGAUAUCGAAAACGAGGGCCAAAACCAAAACAUCUUUUACUCCAGGUACCAUCAUUUGCCCGAAGAUCAAGUAUUCCUGCAGGCUUUGAGGAAGCAUCUCAGGAUUCAGAAAGUACCCUUAAGUCCGAUCCCAUCCAGGUCCAACGUUCCCAGCCUCAGCAAUACCAGCUGAACAGCAAGAAGCACCAUCAAUACCAGCCCAGCUGCCAGGAGAUCCCUGCCGACCAGCUAGCCAACAGCAAGAAGAAGUUCAUCUACCAGCUAAACAGCAAGAAGCACCACCACUAUGAGCCUGACCCACAUAUGUACAAUGCACAGGCUUCUAGGCUCAAAGAGGUGGUCAAAGUUCAGGAACCUGCCAGCAAACCAGCAAAUCCUGGCUGGAACUUACCUCUGGCUUUGCAGCAGAAAUGGAUCCGGGACAAAGAUACAGGCUGCUUGAGCAAAGUCAAAGAGCUGGCAGUGGAAGUGAGGAAACCAGCCGUUAAAGAGGUCCAGAGCGAGAACGCACUUAAACCCAAUCCUAAAGAUGCAACCCUGCCAAGUGCUAUUAGUAGCAAAAUGAAGAUAAUCAAAAAUAAAAACAAGAAUGGACGUAUUGUUAUUGUCAUGAGCAAAUAUAUGGACAGUAACAAGGUUCAUGGAGCAAAGGGGAAACAUGGGGAACCAUCUAGAGAAGAAAAACCCCAAAGCACCAAACCAUCUGAGAACAAUCCAGGACACGGAACCAAAACGGCAGAGCAUCCAGAAAAUGGUAUCCCCAAAGAGAUGUGCAAUGGCAGUUCCCUCUCUGUGGCAGAGCAUCCCAUAAAAUGCUCCCCAAAGGACAGGCAUUUCUCCAAACCUUCACCAAGCACAGCAGAGGAAUACAACACAGAAGUUGCUCGCGGUCAGGCUGAUUUACCAGAAGAUUUGCCCUUACAGCUGACCGCCAACUCUCCUCCUACGUCUUGGACUCUUGACACCUCUAUCCCAACCCCUACAGCUGUGGACCAGAUCAGAAUCCCCUCCUUCCCCAUUGACCGCAAGCGGAAGCUCUCAGAUCCCAUUGAGGAUAAGAAUGUUCCUAAAAUCUACCUGACAUCAAGGAGCUUAAGUGUGCCCUGCACUGUGGUCACACCACCUCAGGACAAACCCAUUGACCUCCACUGCAGCGGCCCACGCCACAGCAGUAUAUGUACAUAUGAGGUUGUGGGCAGCCAAGAGGAGCCAAUGGACCUCAGCUGUCCAAAAACUAAGAAGCAGGUUGAAGCAAAUACACAGCCAGAGCCGGAGCCGGAGUCUGCUGUUAAAGACACAGCUCCUGCAACAGAAGAUACACAGAAAUCCACAGAGAAACCCAAGGAAACACCUGCUAAAAAAAUAUCCCCUUUUAUGGGAAAUAUUAUCAUCACUGAUAUCACGACAAACAGUCUCACAGUCACCUUUAAGGAAUAUGUUUCUUACUGAAGAAUCUUCUAAGAAAAUUGGAAUACCAGUGACAGAUUGGCCAUCUUGUAGAUAUGUGGAUAUGUAAAAUAAAGAAAAUCAAAAUUUUGUAUAAAUAGAAAUUUAUAAUUUAUCAUUCAAAUUCAAUAUGUUUCUUAUAAUGUUUUAUACUAUAACUACUCUGUGAUGUUGUAGCCAAGAAAGUGCCCUCGAGGAUUUGAGCGAAUGCAUUUAUUUGAACAUAUUCCACCUAAAAAAAAAAAAAAAAAAAAUCAAACUAUUUGUUAUAUGGAGCUUAAUGGGAUGCUAUUGCUGUUGUUUCAUACUGUAUCUGUACCAAACUUAUAUAACCUAAGAUAUAUGAAGGUUUAUACAUUUUUUUCUAUAAAUAAUAUCUCUUCCUUUGGUCCUGAUAGAAAGUGGAGAAGAAGUUGUUUAGUGUAUGCUGAUCAAAGAUCGAAUUGAAAGCACUUAAUACAUUUUUAUACAUUUGCUUGUGUCAUUAGUAGAGAAACAGUCUUUUUCCGUCUUAUUUCACAGAUUUUUACUUUAAAUUAUAACAGACAGCUGCCCUUAGAGUGAAUUGGCAUAUUUUGUUCCAUGUUUUCUUUUUGACUGUAUUAAAGAAGGAUUAGAAAUGACAUGCAUAUUUAGAAAUCCGUUUUGUCUGAUGGGCAUGAUCACGUGUUUGCUCCUUUAAAGCAAUCUCAAUGAUAAUCUCAGUGUCUUCAGUUGCAGCCUGAUCUGUUAUUAUAUUGCAUAUUUUACACUUAAACUAAUAUGAAACAAACACUCUCAAAGGUCAGUUACUUUUUAAAAACUGUGUAACUGAUCAAAUGUGACUUACAGUUAAGAUACUCGAUUCUUACCACGAGAAAGUUGUGGUUUCCAGUUGUUUACUUCACAUAUUGAAGGGGCUCAUCUACUUUUGUUGUUGAGGCUCUCUGUAUAAUCCGAAGAGCACAUGUGAGCGAUAUUUGUUUUAUUAUAAAGGUACCAGAGUACUAAAUGAGUGUGUUAAAGAGAUUAAAUGUGACUUGUGAGGCUGACUUUGUGUCCUGUUACAUGCAAUCCAAUGAGUCCAAGCCGUUUUAAUUAUGCUGCUGAAACUUCUGAGCUGUUGGAUGUAACCCACGUUUUGAGUCUAAACGGCCUUCCUGCACAACUAAUGCAAAUCCGGUCAGAAUGCUAAAAUGCUAUAAUAAUGAAAAUGAAGAGUGCAUAUUUAUUGACGUUUAAUAUGUUUAGAAGUGGUUUGCAGCAUCAGAAGCUGCAGCUGAUUCCAUUUAACAGCUUCGCCUUGAAUGAGUUUUGAGUCUGAUUGCCACUUUUUGUUUUUUCUUCUUUCUUUGCCCUCUGUUCAAAGUUAAAAUGAUUGUUAUAAAGUAUGUUCUAUGAGCUGACUUGUUGGUUCAACUUCUUGGAUGGUAUGUUUAACAAUAAAGACAGAGAUCUGACCUCUAA